AUGAAUGAUAAAAGGAAGGAUAGUGCUGAUACAGGACAAAAAAAAGAAGAGGAAAUCAGUAAUUAUAGACCUGUUGUAUGUUUACCAUCAAACUGGAUGUUAUUAAAUGGCCUCAUAGCAGAUGAAGUAAACAAUUUUCUGGAAAGGGAGAAUUUAUUGCCGGAGGAGCAAAAAGAAUUCAGAAAGAAGUCAAAGGAGACUGUCAAUCUGCUGCAUAUAAAUAGUAAGAUAUUAAAUGAGGUACACAUAAGAAAGGAAGAUGUAGCUCUUGGCCGGAUUGAUUACAGGAAGGCUUACAACAGCGUUACACACUGCUGGAUCUCUGAGUACUUGAAGACGUUCAGAGUCAAUGAGAAGAUAAAUAGCAAUAGGAGUGUGGGAAUAGAACUGAUAUGUGCAAAUGAGUCGCCGAGAAACGUGAAAUCACGUAGGAGCAUUUUCCUGUGA